ACAAUGCUCCAAAGUGACGGUCAAGUAGACCGUUUGGUGGACAACCUGAUAGAAGAUGAAGCUGAGAGAGAGGCUCUUGCCAAACCCACCUGCUUCAUCAUAGUGGGAAGACCGGGUGUUGGCAAAUCCACCUUGGCCAAAAAAAUUGCAGAGUCCUGGAAGUGUAUCUUAAUUGAUGAUACAGAUCUGCUAAACACACACUUAAGAAACAAAACAAAGCAAGGCAUAGAGCUCUUGAAUAUCUUGUCUGAGGGGAGAAGUGUACCAGAAGACAUGGUGCUCCAGCUGAUUCUUGCCAGGCUUAACUCACCAGAAGUGGAGCACUAUGGGUAUGUACUGAGCUGCCUACCGUUCUUGUCAGAAGAGGGUCUGACAAUUCAUGAGCAGCUGGAGCUGAUCAAAAACCUCAAACUAACACCUGAUUUCAUCAUCAACAUCAAGUGUGCAGAUAAGGACCUGGUCCAUCGGCUGUCGGGUCUGAAGCAGCACCCAGAGACAGGGCAGUUUCACAGCGGAGAACAGUGGAAACGUAAGGAAGUGUUUAACAAGAAGAGGAAGAACAAGGAUGAGGAGGUGGAGGAUGAGGAGGAGGAGGAGGAGGAGGAGGAGGAGGAGAAGGAACUUCAAAAGGAUAUUAUUGGCUGGACACCCGGAAAUUUUGCCAAAAAUGCUUUCACUAGAAUCAACAUGUACAAAGAUACUAUGCUCAGACCACUGGAGGACUACAUGACAGGCCACAACCCACUCUACCUGUUGGAGCUGGAUGGAAACAACCCACCUGAAGAGCUGCAUUCGUCUGUAAUGUCUCGUCUUGGAUCCAUGGCAAUAAAGCGUGUCUCCAUUCCAGUCCUCCUCCACCAGACUGAUGAUGAAGAAUUGCCAGAGGACAUUGACACGGAAGACCUAUUGAGAACAAUGUCCUCCUCCAGAACAGUGGCCCCUGGCUUUAGAUGGAGAAGGAGCCGCUGGAGCCAGACCUGUCCUGUUGCUCUCAGGGAGGGCAAGGUCAUUCCUGGAAAGCCUGAAUUAUGUGUUGGCUUCCAGGACAAAUUGUACGUCCUCUCAUCUCAGGAGGCCUACCAGAAGUUUGUCACAAACCCCAGACGGUACUUACUUCCGCCGAUGCCCAGUCCCCCUUGCAGAGUUUCCAUCAUUGGACCUCCACGGGCGGGGAAGAGCACUCUAUGUAAGCUUCUAGCUCAGCACUACAAUGCUUCGGUGCUUGAUAUGGAGGUAUUGGUGCAGCCGGUUCUGGACAAGGUUGAGCAGGAGAGGCUUGACAAAAUCAAAGAGGAGACAACACAGAUCGCUAUAGAGAAAAUCAAGAUGAAGAUGGAGCAGGAGCAGGAUGGCGAUCUGAACUCAGUGACAGAGGAUCAUCCAGAGGUACAAGCCAUGGUGCUAUCUGCGCUGGAAGAAGCUAAACAUAUGAGCACAUCUCCCUUCAGCCUGUAUGCUGACGUGCUGGAGAAGCGUAUAAAAGAGACUAAAGAGGCUGAAUCUGAUGCUGGCUGGGUGCUUGACAACUAUCCCAAGAACUUUUCCCAAAUGAAUGCCUUACAUCAAGCUGGAAUCCUGCCAGACGUUCUCUUCUGUCUCAGUGACAGUGAUGGCAAUCAGGUUUUGAAGAGAUUGUAUGAGACAAACAAGGACAGCGUGGACAAAGCAGUAAGGAAGAGGUUGCAGGACGAACAAUCUGAGAAGGAGACACAGGCCUUAAACCAGAAGGAGACAGAAUCAGAGGUUGAGGCCAAGCCUGCAGAGCUGCAAACUAAUCUGGAGACAGUUACCGAAGAGACCGAAGAUGUGGUACAACCUGAUCAUUGGGACCUGGCUUAUCCAGACGGCCCAGAGAUGAAUGACUAUAAACUGCAACUGCAACAGUUUGUGUCUGAAUGGGGCCAAAUGCAGUCCGCAUUAACUGUCGCCCACUCAGUACUCGAGAUUGGCGACAGAAGCCCUGAGGACCUUCUACAAGAGAUGGUUCUUCAAAUGGAGAAACCCUUUCAGCAUGUAUCUUGGGAACUGUCAGAAAAGGACCUGGACAAGGAGGCAGAGGAUAUGGAAGCCUUAGCUGAGAUGGAGAGAGCCGAGGAAGGUAGCAGUGACAAUGAUGCAGCUGAGGAGGAGGAAGAAGGUGACACAACAGUCAAGAGGUUAUUAGGCGAUACCCAACAUUUCUGCCCUGUUGCCUUAAAAAAACAUGAUGUCCUGUGGCCGUGUACGGGGGAAAUUGCCGCCAUGUACCGUGAGAAGACCUUCUACUUCUCAAACCUCGAAGCCAGGGUAUCCUUCCUUCAAAACCCUGCUCAAUUUGUUGCACAGACUGAGCCUCUCAAGCCUCCUGUCCUGCGGGUCGUUUUGCUUGGCACCCGAGGGUCCGGCAAGACCACUCAUGGUGAGUGGCUCGCCCAACAGCUUGGCAUCUUCCAUAUUCAGUUUAGAGAACAACUCCAAAUGCUCAUUAUGGCCAAGACAAAGCAGCGGGUCCCGUAUGCUGAUGAGAUAGAGUCUUCAGAGGAGUCUCCUGAUGAUUUGGAAGCCCUGAUAGAGGAAGCCAGGGGGGACGUCGAGAAGGAGACGGAGGAGCUAGAGGAGACAUCCGCCAACAUAAAUGACACGGAGCAGGAAGUGGUUCUGACUGAUGAGGAAAAGGCAAUCAAAGCCUACCUGUCUGAUGGAGAUCCACUGACUCCACAGAUCCUGGAUAUGGUUAUCGCACCAUACUGGAAAGAAGAGCCAUACAUAUCUACAGGUUUUAUUUUGGAGGGCUUCCCUCACAAUCCAGAUGAGGUGCAGUAUAUGUUGCAGAAUCAUCUUUUCCCGGACGUUGUGGUAAUAAUGGCGGUGGAUGUCACAGAUGUCCAGAACCGUCUGUUGCCGACAUACUUGAAAAGCUGGCAUGAGCGCCGCAACCACCGCGAAGGACGGAAGAACCUCCUUCAUGAUCUACGUAAGAAGAACAGGGAGGACAACAUUGCCAAGAGAAGGGCUGAACUCACAAUGGCAGCAAAAGCAAAGUCAAGAUAUCGUGAGGAUGAAGAAGACGAUGAAGAGGAUGAAGCUGAAGGUAACGUAGAGGAUGGGAUAGAGGACAUGCUGGAGGAGGAGUUCCCUUUUGAGGAGGAAAAUGAAGACAUGGAGAAUGAGGAAACUGAGGAGGCGGCGUCUGAGAGGCUGGAGAUGGAGAUAUCAGAUCGUUAUUUGACGGAUGAAAACAGCCUCGUUACUGUGACGGAGCUCCUGAGUGAACUCAACAUAUCCAAAGUCUCAAUCAGUGCCUCUCGCAAGCCCCGUAUUGUACAGAAUCAGCUGCUCCAGAAAAUCCAGCCCCUGCUGACCAACAGGGAGUCACUCAUCCAAAGAUGCCAACCCAUCUCAUACAGCCUGGCACAUAAGCUGCUGCUCUCCUCCUAUAAGCUCCACAGUGCCUUUGGCUGCUGGGAUCCCAUAAAGCAAUAUAAAGAGAGAGAUUUGUUCCAGCCUCUGCAGUGGCCUCUCAAUACCACAUAUCCCCUAAUCUUCCAUCAGUAUAUCUACUUCUUUGGGUCUAAGGAGAACCGCAGCACAUUUAUGCUGAACCCCUUAAAGUACCUCAGGCAGCCAAAGCCCACCCUGUCCCUUCCUGUUAAAAUGGCAGUUGUUGGACCACCCAAAUCUGGAAAAACCACUAUUGCACAGAUGUUUGCUCAGAAAUAUGGCUUGGCCUGUCUGUCCAUUGGCAGUGUUAUGCGUACAGUGCUUAGCAAUCAGGAGCACACUGAUCUGGCUGUCCAGGUGAAAAAGCAUCUCUCCCAGGGAUUCGCUGUGCCUGAUGAACUGGCCAUUCAGUGUCUGGAGGUGGCGCUCAUGAGCUCGGUCUGCAGCAUUCGAGGGUACGUGUUGGAUGGCUUUCCGAAGACACUUAAGCAAGCAGAGAUGAUGUUGUCUCGGAGCAUCAUUCCCAUGAUAGUUGUUGAGCUGGAGCUGGACACAGUGGAGGUGCUGAGGAGAGGCCUUCUGGACAAGAUGAAGCCCAACAAGCCUCACCUGACGCAUGACAGCUCAGAGAUCCUCCACAUUCGUAACUCCUGUUACAAGCAGCAGAUGGAGCAUGUAAGGCAACACUUCCAACACCAAUAUCAGAACUGGAUCCUGCUCGAUGGCCUGAAUAGCAAAUGGUGGAUCUGGAACAGCAUUAUAAAGGAGGUCAGCAUCAGCAUGAAAUAUAUCUCCAACUACAUGGAGAGGACGCGCAGCAAGCAAGCUGCCUCCAUCAACAGACUGUGCAUCACACCCAGGGAGCUGCAGUGUCGGCUUGGAGAGUUUGGCCAUUACUGCCCCGUGUGUCUGGCUCUACAUCACCACCUGGUGGACUGCUCAGAUAUCACAGCCUUAACUCACGCCGCUGAGUACGCGGGACACUAUUACAAGAUGUGUGGCGAAGAACAUCUAGAGCGGUUCCUGUCCACUCCAGAUCAUUUCGUACCUCCUGGCUGUGCACACGCUCUCCCAGAACCCCACCUGUUGCCCAGAAAGAUAACUGAGAUUCAGGUGAAAAACAGGUUCCCCCAGCAGGUUGAGAUGAAGGGCUUCUGCCCGGUCACUUAUCUGGAUGGAAAGCAAAGGUAUGAAGCUCUGGUUCGAGGAAAGAUGGAAUAUGCUGUGGAAUACCGAGAAAGGAUCUACAUUUGUGAGACAAAGCAGCACCAGGACAAGUUUAUGAGGAUUCCUGAAGCCUACUGGGACCAGAAGCUGCCCACUAAAGUUCCUCCUCUUUGUGAACCUAUACCCCUCACCUCCCUUCCAACGUUGGGCUAUCUGGAACAGGGUGUGGCAGUAUCAGUCAUCAAGGCCAUGACAGCGGUUGGGUGUCUCAAACCAAAGUACCCUUUCCUCAGUAUACAAAGAUCAUCACUCCUCUACGUGGCCUUCUAUCUGAAAGCUUUCAACAACAAGAGCACGGACUUCAGCCGCAAGAAGUACAAAAAGAAGCUGGCCUUGUUCGAAGAGAACUGUGCGCUCAUUCCCUACCUCAGUUCAGCGAUGACUGGGAUCUACCGGUCUCCCCGGGAACGUCCCAUUGACUUUGAGUUCAAACUAAAUAGGUUCCUGGCCUUGGGAGACUCGACAGUUGGCAACAGUGUGCUGUAGCUUUGCCUGUGACAACAAAGGCAUUUGAAAGCAACCUGCAAUAAGAGUUUAUUU